CUCCUUUUUACAACUCCAGCAGUUCCAUGUCAAAUCUAAAAUCAUUGAUAUCAAAUUCGAUAUCAAAGACCAUUCCAUCAGGCUCUUAAAUGAUGGCUAGUGUCGGAAAGCCUUUCUCUUUAAACAAGGCGCUAUUUACGCCUCGCUUGUAUCGGAAGAUAUUCGAUAUCUGGUUCGAAGGGAUACCUGCAACCGCCACUAUUGCACCGGAGUCCUCCCUGAAAAAAUGGUUCGGUAUAGCUGGACAAGAGGAACGCGAGCAGUUCGAUAAAAUAUGCAGGGCAUCUGCCAACCAAGCGCUCGAAUCCAUUCGGGACUGGACCUUUCCCGCUGUCCCGGAUUAUGCCACCGAAAUCGCAUUCUCACAGGCUCUAUCGGCACCCUUCAUAGCGGAAAUACAAGAGGCAGAAGUUCAAAUGGGCGAUGAUGUAGUCCAGAUCACGCCUUCGGAAACAGCGCUGAGUCUCUUGUUGCUGCUGGACCAAUAUCCCCGAAACAUCUAUCGCAAAGACCAAAGGCUGAUUUAUGGCCACUACGAUAUUCUUUCCCGUUCCCUUUGCCGUGCCAUCCUCCAGAUGCAACCACGUCCAGAUCUCCAUCCACGCUUCCGACAAUCAACCGCAUAUCGAUGGUGGUUUUGCAUGCCGCUCAUGCAUUCGGAACACCUCGAGGACCAUGAUAUUUUUACCAAGUUAAACUCGGAGAUGGCGUCGGAUAUCGAUGAGGCUGGAGACAACGAAGCCAUGAAAUUCAUGAAAAUGGGCGAAGAAUUUGAAGAGAAGCAUCGGGUCAUCUUGGAGCAGUUUGGCAGAUAUCCCUACCGAAACAAGGUAAUGGGCCGGGAAUCCACUGAAGAAGAGGAGAGAUGGCUUAAAGAGGGAGGCCAGACUUUCGGCACGUCGUGAGCGAGUUGGACUUUGGAGUUGGAGAUCUGGAGUACUUUGUACCCUAUUGUUUGUAAGAGUUCGUAUGUCUUCAUAUAUUACCUGUCCAUCUUGCAGUACAAGUAGAUGGAGGCGUUAAAGACAGUAUUCUACCUUGCUAUCAAUGUUCUGCUUCCAUGGAAGGUCGUAUUUUCGCGUCAGUCAUAUCCAUUUGAAGCAAUACUCCAGUUUUCUUGUUUGGGACGCCACGGUUGACUUCCGGUCCUUCACUUCAGCCUCUUCAACACCUCGUCUGUAGUGAUCACAUCGCCAUAAGCGAAACCAAAUGCAUUUAAU